AGGAGCUGGGCGGCUCACUUGGGCGCAUGGAAGCAACAGUACAUGCAAGAGCAGCAGAAACGCCACAGGGAUUGUCGGAAUGGACGAUGAGAGAUGUGAGCUUGUCAUCAUCACCAAGUGCGGCGAUUACUCUGGCGGAACCCGCGGGACGGAAUGCCCACGCAGCAGCAGCAGCAAAUGGAACGCCGUCAGGAUUCUGCUCGCCAGCGUUGCAGGCGGCACGUGCAAGGGCACGUGCUGCAAGGGCAACGUCCUCCGCCCCCGCCCCCGCCUCUGUCUCCACUGGCGCCUCCGCUGGUGCCUCCGCUGGUGCCGUAGGACAACACACACCGCAGCAGCCAUGUGACGCCGCGUACGGCAGCCUUGCGAAGCGUCUGUUGUCGUACCUGCUAGCGGGGCUGGAUCGCUUGGAGCUGGACGCCAUGCAGCUGCUGCGGUUGGUUGCUGCCAUACAGCAUCCCUGUACGGCAGAUCUGUUCGACACGUCAUCCGCCCGCUGCGAAGUGCUGUUGGCGUUGCUGUCCGCCCCCUUGCGGCAGAAGUCGGAUCAUCACGCGCAUCUGGCUUGGCGGGGCAACAGCGGCGGCGGCAGCAGUGGCACCGGCGGGCUAGGUGGCUCCAGGGUAACCCGAGCAGGCACUGCUGAGUACGACACCGCUGUGGCAGCGGCAGCAGCGGCUGUGCUGCCAGGCACCUUGCGUUUGCUGGAUACGGAUGACUUGAUUGCCGUACUGCAUGCAGCAUCGCAACGCCAGGUACGGUUCACGUCACAAGUACGGCAGCAGGAAUUGCAGCGGCUUGAGGAGGAGCAACGUGGAGGGCAGCAACAGCAGCGACAGCAACCGCAAUCAUCAUCAGCGGUGGAGCGGGCCCGAGUAGCAGAGCGUGCGGAUCCGAUUGCCGCUGCGGUCCUGUCGUUCGGGCUGGCGCAGCUGCUCGAUCUGGCGUCAUCUGACUACCGACCCGGUUACAUGUACGGCGCUACGCAUGACGCGUCGCCGCUGCUGCCGCCACUUCAAAACGAGUUUACGGCAUUACCGCCGCCGGGCGGCCGCCGCUGGUCGGCUUCCUCACCCCAGCCGAGAUGUACGACUCGCGGACGGGAACCGUCACCGCCGCCGACAGCGGAGCAAUGGCACACCGCCGUGACGGCCCUGGCUGACGGCACGCUGGCGCUGGCGUCGCCGGCAGCGCUAGCAGCAGCAGCGGCGGCUGCCGUACCAACGGCUGCCGUCGGCGGGGCUGGCGGCGGCGGCGGCGGCAGCCCUGACUUGGCGGGCCUCACGCCGGCGGCGCUGCUGCGGCUGCUGCGAGCCCUAGCGCCGGUGUGGCGGCAGCUGCACCCAGACCAGACGGCCGACAUGGCGGCGGCGCUGUCGGAACUGCAUGCGGCGGCACGUGAGUGGGCGCGGUUGGAAGCUGACGUGGCGGUGGAGGCGGCGCAAGGUCGGCGGGGCCGUGUACGAGCUUACGGCGGCGGCUGGAGGAGCGGCGCGCCGGAGGCUGAGGACUGGCAGGCGGUGCAAUGCGCCGUGGCGGACGCGAUGUACGGCAUGUCGGCGGAGUCGCUGGCGGAGGCGGUGACGGCGGCGGCGGAGCUGGCUGAGGCGGCGCCGCUGCGCGAGGAGUGGGUGGCGGCGGUGACGGAGGUGCUGGUGAUGGCGCCGCCGCAGCCGCCGGCACCGCUGGCGGGGGGCUUGAAGGGCCUUACGGACGCGGGAAUCGUGUUGGAGCUGUUGCUGGGUUGCAUGGAGCUUGAGAGGGUGCAGGUGCAGCUGGCUCCGGCGGGUGCGCAUGUGGAGGCGGAGGCGGCGGUUGACGCCGCUGCGUUGGCGACUGAGGUGGAGAGGGUUGGGAGUGCUGAGGAGCCGGGCGCGGCCUCGGCGCCUCAGGUUGGGUUUGCACUACCCGUGCUUCCGCUGCUGCAGCGCCUGGGGGCAUUGCUUGAAGGCGUGCAGCAAAAGCGGCAAAGGCCAGCGGAAGAGUGCGAAUCGCGGGGGAUGCACCUGCCGCUGCCGCCAUCUGCAGUGUGUCAGCUGCUGCCGCGGCUAGCCCAGCUGGCCUCCACCCUGCCCCUCGCUGCCGCCGUCAGUCGUGCCGCCCUGCCGCUCCUGUCCUACCUGCAGCGCUGUGCCUUCAGCGGCGCCUCAGUGGAAGACCUAGUCGCAGCGCUGGCCGGCAUCGGACGGCUGUUGCUGCGGCCGAGUGACCCGUGGGUCACUGCGCUGUGCGACGCGACGUUUCCGCUUCUCCGACCCGCAGUGAAGACUCCCUUACACCAGCUAUCCGCGCUCUCGCAAGCCAUGGCCGCUGCAUGGGUUGUACCGACUGCCGAGUGGCAUGCCGCGCUGGCGGCAGCAACGUUACAGCAACUGCAAGUACGGCACCCACAAUUGUACGGCACUCACAGCGGCCGCGCUGGCGCCAAUGCCGAAUGGAACAAUGCCGGCAGCAGGUCUUCAUUGGCGGUUACCGUGGCCUCCCUGGAGCAGCUGCUGGGUGCUGAGGCCAUGUGGUUCCGGCUAAGCGGCAGCGUUGUUGUUGCGGGGCCGGGCAGCAGCAGCAGCAGCACCAGCAGCGAGUGGGUGGGUGCGUUGGUGGCUGCGAGUGUGCCGCUGCUGCCGGCUGCUGCUGCGGGGCAGCCGGGGGCGCUGGGGGGCCUGCCGUACUGGCUGCAUGUGCUGGGAUACGACCCAGGACCCGACUUCAUCUCGGCGCUGCUGCAGGGCUGCUCCCGCGCCUCCCUCGCCGCAUUCACCGCACCCCAGCUGGCCCGCCUGUCGUACGGCCUAGCCGGACUGGGCUACCAGCCUGAAGACCCAUGGGUCGCCGCCCUGCAGCGCGCGGCCGCCUCCAAGCUCGACGCAUGCGACCCGCAUGACCUGCUGGACCUG